AACCAAAUAAUACAAAAUUUUUAUUUAUGUUAUCAACACGUGCUGGUGGUUUAGUAACGGAUCGAGCUCAUCGAAUUGGACAAACAAAAACAGUUCGUGUAUUUCGUUUAAUAACUGAACAUACUGUUGAAGAACGUAUAGUUGAACGAGAUGAAAUGAAAUUACGUCUUGAUCAUGUUGUUAUUCAACAAGGUCGUUUACAAGAUUCGGCAACAAAAAUUGAUAAAGAUGAAAUGUUAUCUAUGAUUCGACAUGGUGCUACACAUGUUUUUAAAUCCAAACAAGAUGGAAAUGAAUUAGAUGUUGAUAUCGAUCUUGUCUUAGCUCAAGGCGAACAAAAAACUAAAGAAUUACGGGAAAAAUAUGAACGUUUAGGUGAAAAUCAAUUACGUAAAUUUACUAUUGAUAAUGAAAAUAUUGGUGGUCUUGGUGUUAAUAAUACGGAUAGCACAGAAGAUAGUUCAAUAUAUAAAUUUGAAGGUGAAGAUUAUCGAGAAAAACAAUCAUCAACACUUGGAAUUAAAUGGAUUGAACCACCAAAACGUGAAUGUAAAGCAAAUUAUGCAGUUGAUGCAUAUUUUCGUGAAUCAUUACGUAUGAGUGAACCACGUGUACCAAAAGCACCACGUCGACCACGGCAACCAAAUGUUCAAGAUUUUCAAUAUUUUCCUCCACAUCUUUUUGAAUUACUUGAUCGUGAAAUAUAUGCAUAUAGAAAAUCAAUUGGUUAUAAAGCUGUACGUGAUCCUGAUUUAGAUGAACAAGAAGCAUUAAAUGAAGAUGAACAAUAUGAAAAAGAACAAUUACUUCAACAAGAUUUUUGUAAUUGGACAAAACGAGAUUUUAAUCAAUUUAUAAAAGCAAAUGAAAAAUAUGAUAAAACACCGGAUGCAGUUAUGUCAUAUGCAAGAGUUUUUUGGGAUCGUUGUCAUGAAUUAACUGAUGUUGAACGUAUUAUGGCACAAAUUGAACGUGGUGAAACAAAAAUUCAUCAUAGAAUUAGUAUUAAAAAAGCAUUGGAUGCUAAAAUGACACGAUAUAAAGCACCAUUUCAUCAAUUACGUAUUCAAUAUAAUACAAAUAAAGGAAAAAAUUAUACAGAAGAAGAAGAUCAUUUUCUUCUUUGUAUGUUAUAUAAAUUUGGUUUUGAUAAAGAAAAUGUUUAUGAAGAACUUCGUUAUUCUAUACGACAAUCACCACAAUUUCGUUUUGAUUGGUUUCUUAAAUCACGUAUAUCAAUUGAAUUACAAAGACGUUUAAAUACAUUAAUUACAUUUGUUGAACGUGAAAAUCAAGAACUUGAAGAACGUGAAUGA